AAAAUUAGUAGGGAGAAAAAGGAUCGGAGCAUUGACGGAGGGAAAUGGUUCACAGUCCUUUCUCCUUUGGAUUUAGCAGAUGUAGCCGGGCUUGUGAAUGCAACCACAAAGGUCCUCGGCUGACGCAUCAUUGCCAUUUUCUCUAUGAGGUAAGAAAACGUACGAUGAGGAGUGUUGCCACGACACGGGAGCAUUUCAUAAAUUCUUAGACCGAGUCUACCUGUUAUCAAAAUUUAUUGGAUGGGCGGAGCAUCGAACGCGA